AUGCCGACAAAAACUGCUUCCCUUAGUAUAAAAGCUCUUCCUCUUGAAGUUGUGUCUAAUAAUUAUCAAAUUUUAUCACCAUCAGCGUUUCUUCCAUCUACAGCUCUCUUUACUCUUCAAAUAACCACAGUAAAUGACCCAAAUUUAAAACGUACUUAUAAAAUUAACGUCAAUCAAUCAAAUCAUCUUAUGCAAAAAUCUAGUCUCUUUUAUAGUCUCUCUACUCAGUAUACUAGAAUAGCCUUGAAUUUUGAAGAAUCACUAGAACAAUCAUUGAUCGAAGAAGCUGGAGGCUUACCCAUGAUUUUUAUUGAGGCCCCCGUAAAUGGACUUAGAG